AUGUCAAGUGUACAAUGGAAUGAGCGAAUCUCAAUUUCUCCUAUGAGUGAUGUCAGUCAUUCUGAGCUCCGCUCUGUUACUCUUUCACCUGAUCAAUCUCUGUGUAAUCCAAGUACAUUGACUUAUUCUGGUCUUCAUACUACUACUACUACUAAUAAUAAUAAUAAUAAUAUUAGUAAUAGUAAUAGUAUUAAUGUAAAGGAUGAAGCGCAUCGUAUGUUGGUAGGUACUCGUGUGUUUGGUUUCCAAGAUAAGAAUAAGGCAUGUUGUUUUGGUGUUAUUAUUGACACUAACAGGAGCGAAGGUGAUGUGAAUGUGAACACCACUAAUAAAGCCAAUGAACAAAAAUGGAAUAGUGAUAAUAAUAAUCAUAAUAAUAAUAAUUGCCAAAGAGUAUUUUCCACUACUUUGCUCUCAUGGCCCACUGUGGUGAUGCUUACACAUCACAUUCAUCUCCACGAUGUUCUCUGUAGUUCAUCUGCAAGUUCCCUUUUAUUCCGGCCGUACUCUAUACAUUCUCUUCACUCCAAUGAAGAACAAUUAUCAUCAACAACAUCAACAUUAUUAUCAUCAUCAACAUCAUCAUCUCUUGUUGUUUCUCCGUGGGAAGAUAUGAUGUGUGCAUUACUUCUUCAAACAGAACUCAACUGGGAUGGUGCAACUCAGCGCAUCAUCUCUUGGGAAUCGCAGUCUCGUGUGGAGAAUACACUUAUGGCUCUGCGUACAUGGACGCAGUUGUUCUUGGAUGGAUUUCUUCGCUGGGUUCCCCCAUCCACUGGCGUCCGUCUACUCUUCACCAAAGGACACACUAACAGUUAUUAUUAUAGUAAUAGUAAUAAUAAUAAUAAUAAUAAUAUCGUAGAUAGAUGUGGGGAAAUUAGAGUGGCUUUAUUAGGUGUGGAGGAUGAACGGCUUAUACAAGAACAUUGGGCCAAUUUACAGCGUUAUUGGUCUACAGUCGAUAGUAGUUCAUUAACUUCAUGUGAUCAUAAUGUGCAUACGGCUUUGGAUGGGCGAUGUGAGUUAUAUCGUACGAUUGCAGUCUUUCACAAACACUGCCGUCCAGUGCUCCAACAGUUCACAGAUGAUAAUAGUAAUAGUAAUAAAGAAGAAGAAGGAGGAGGAAGUUGUGUAAAUAACAAUAGGAAGAAGUGGAGUAUAAAGAAUAGUAUGCAACUUACAUAUGCAAUGGCUAUUGUAGCCCAUAUUGAAUUAUAUCUACAGAUGUCAUCAUCAUCAUCAUUAUUAUUAUUAUCUCAUGAUGAUGAUGAUAAUAGUGAUAAGUAUAGUUCUAAUACAAUUCCCUUUACUACCGCAGAACAGAAUCAUUUCAUUGAAAUACUCGCAUUCCUUCUGUUUCCUCAGAGCAAAACCGUCUGUGAAGAAGGACGACGUAUGGCUCUUCACUGGAUAAACACACAUUUGUGUACUCAAGAAGCACAUCAUAUACUCUUUAGUGGUCCAUCCAAAUUGUCAUUUCAUGAUUUUCUCGCCUCAUUUGCACAUUGGUUAUUAUUGCAGGUAGUUCCAAGCUUAUUACGUUGUGUUAAUGUAGUCUUAUCCCGUCAAUUGUGUAGUUAUGCCUCCUCUUGCAAUGGAUGUAAUGAUGAGAAUCUUUACAGUGAUGUAAACUCCCCUUCUCGAGCAUUGCGUUUGCGGUUUCAGCGUGAGAUGAGAUUAGAGGAUAGAUCUGCAGGAUCUUUACAUAAAACAACAACGACAUGUAGACGGAAUUUGUUAGGAGAUAUUAGUUUAACAGAUUGGAUAAAGUGGAUGAAGAAUCAACAAAGUGAACUUCAAUCUGUAUCUAAACAUGAGAAGAAAAGCCAUAAGGGUAAGAGUCAUUGUAAUAAGAUGGAUACCUCGACAAGAAAGCAACGUGCAUUUUUCUUUUCUUUAUCCCCUGCAGGAGUGAAACUUCUGAGUAUUUUCGAUUCUCUUAACUUGUUUAAUACUAAUACUACUACUACUAUAAUAACGGCUGGGCUCUCAGAUAGAACAUUUGAUCGUCCGCAGACGGCGUUGGCGGUGAGUCGCUGGAUGGUUGGUUGUAGUAAAGAUGAAGUGUUAACACUCCAAUCUUCAUUAAAAGACUUUCCUUUAGAAAGUGUGGAACGGCAAAGAAAGCCACUGCGGUUAUUUACACUUGCGGAGUUUAUUUCACAUUACCGAAUGAUUGUGGAUGUGCCACGUAUUGAACGUAUUAGCUUUUCUUCCACGAAGAAAGUAAAAGAUGAUGUGAUUAAUGUAUUCUGUCCUCUUCCACCUUUAUUUGAUAUCUCGCUUACGCACUUUCAUCGCUUUUCGCCGGUAAAUCAGGCGAAACUUAUUUGCUCCGCUGUUGGGUUAAAUUACACAGCGUAUGUCUCCAGUAAGGAGGAGAAGGAACACCAACAACAACAACAAGAAGAAGAACAACAACAAGAACAAUUACUGUAUGGACAAGAAGAAGAAGAAGAGAAAAUGGAAUGGCAGCAGCAACAGAAAGAAAAACAACAACAACAACAAUGUGUAGUGGGAUGUGAUGAGGUGGGUAUGUAUGGUAGUGAAAUCAUGAUGACAAAAAAGGCUGUGAUGAGAAGAAAUCAUCGUAAUCAUCAUUCUUCUUAUACUUCUACUAUUAUACAUAAACAAGAAAAUACACCAGUCUUAUUAUCAUCAUCAUUAUCAUCUUCUUCUACGGCUAUUACUGUAUUGGAGGACUGUGGUAUAUUGAAAAUAUAUGACUGUGUAGCGAUUGAACAAUUGGAGUGUGCACGUCAUUCCGCAUCUCUACAAUUGUAUACAUAUGGUAUUAUCCUUCUGCAAACAUUUCUACGUUCCCGCUGGUCUUGGCGAUGGAAUAUGUUGCCACUUCGCCGUCGUGCACAUCGGCAGGCUAUUAUCACCGUUCAAACAGCACUGCGUGGGCGACAGUCCAUGUGUCUAGGACGGCAAAAAGCAGAGAAACAACAGGAGCGAGUGAUGAUGUGGUGUGAGGAGCGUAAACGUCGAGAAGUUAUGCGUGAACACCUCAUACGUAGAUUAGAGGAAACUGCAAUCACAUGUCUCCCCAUGGCAGCAACAGUAGAAGAUAAAGAUAAAGAUGAGAAUCUUAACAAGAUGUGUAAUCAUGACCAUACUUAUAACGACAAUGACAAUAACUAUAAAGGUGAGAAGAAUAACAUGGAAGGAUCAUAUGAUAUAAAGAUAAUGUCUCACGCCACUAUGAAUACAGGGAAUCUCAUUAGAAAGUCAAUAGAUAUACCUAAUACCACCGCAGUCGUGAAAGCCAGAGAAAUGUUUGGUCUCAUUCCCUCUGUGAAUAGUUCUUCUAAAAUACCUCCUUCUCUGGGAUCUCAUAAUAAUAAUAGUCUUGCAGAAACACUAUUUACCAUGGAAACAAAAGGAAGAUGUUUGGUGGAGUCUAUAGAGGCGAAAAAACGACGAGGGAUAUUUAUCGCAUUAGAGGAACGAGUUCGAGAACGUUAUCUUCUGCAGGAAUACCGUGAACGACGUGUGGUGAUGCAGCAGGCAAUGGAGCAACAACAACAGGCCACAGUGAAGGCCAGUCAACAACAGUGGCGUAAAAGGCAAAUGCAACAAAAGCAACGAUUGAUUCUCUUGCAAAAACAAAAACAAAGAGAAAAAGAAGAAAAAGAAGAAAAAGAACAACAACAGGAGAAGGAGGAGGUAGUGGUGGUGAGAAAGAAAGUGAUAAAACCACAAACACAUUCUCUCCGCUCUUCUUCUUCCUCUUCAGUAAAGAGAGGUAUCAGUGUACCCCAUAGUACUGUAACCCCUAAGGAUAUGCAAGAGAAAGGUACAACUACUACUACUAGUAGUAGUAAUAGUAAUGAUGUUGUUAUUGUUAUAGACGUAAACGAGGAGGAGGAUGAUAAUGAUGAUGAAAAGAAAAAGAAAAACGAAAAGGAGUUAAUAAUAGUUCCUUCAGAAUGUCAUUCCGUUGCUCACAGACAUUCCCCAAUAUUGUUGCCAAAUCCAGAACAGUUGCGUACAAAACGUGGAUCUUCACCUUCACCACCUAGUGUUCUGGCGACUGCCAAAGCUGUAGGAAUACUGGGAGAAAAAGGAAAAAGAACAUUAUCCCUAAUUACGAAGGAGUCCUCUAGUACCCCAAUGAUGGCAUUAUGCAAACAUGAGUAUGAAGAUCGUACAUUUAUUGAACUAAGUCAACGCUAUCGUCGACAAUUACUAUUACACAGUGCGAUACUCUCACGUCUUGGUGUGAGAGAAAUGCAACAACGCCGUGUGCUCUUUCUUUCUGCUGUAUUGGAGCGUCAAGAGUUGUUAACCCGAUGGAGAGAUAUCAUUCUACCGUAUACACUCAUUACAGAGACAUUAUAUGGGGAUUUUCUUGCCGUGAUGGUUGUCUUGCAAGACGCUCCACGGCGUCGAGGGCCUAAUGCGAUGCGUGCAAUGAUGCGAUUGCGUAAUCGACAUGUGAACAUCACUACAGAUAUAAAAUCUCGUGGUAGUCAGGAUAUUUCGAGAGAAUAUGAACAUAAAGAAGAAAAAGAAAAACAGAAGCGAAAGGAAAGGGACUUAGAUAAGGAAAAUGGCCUCAUUGGUGGUAAGAAGAAAGAAAUCCCAACAGUAAUGAAACGAGCUGAGUUUCUUCAAAAAUCAAAUCUUCACGUGCUUUCUGGUCAAAAUGUUCCCCUGCGUGCGUCCAGUGAAAAAGAUGGAGUGAUGGAGGAAAUACCAAAAAUAAGAAAAAUAAGAACAUCAUCCUCAUCAGCGUCAGCAGCAGUAACAGUAACAGUUGCAAGAGGAAGGAUGGUAAACUUAAAGAAAGGGGAAACGUCAAGAUCAUCUUCAAGGAAGCCUGUUGUGAGUUGGGCAGACCCCCCAUCAUCUCUGUAA